UUUUUAUACUGUUUAAUUACAUUCACGUAUAGAUGUGUUACACUAUUGCCAAAAAAAUCAAAUUUUGUUACAUUUACAGCAAAAACGGUAUUCCGUGUUUGUAAUUAGUAACUGAGCUGUAAAAGUCGGUUGGCAAGUGGGACACAACGAUAAAAAACCAAGUCUAACAUUUUGGCAGAUGAUUGGAAACAACAGUAUCGAGUGAGAAAAAAAACGAAUUACGUGUACUUAUUUUCCAUGAAAAUCGUCAGCAGAUCGUGCUUUGUGUUCUGCUAGAUAUUUGUAAAUCUAGGUGAAUUAUAUUGUUUUGUGAAUAAGAUUACAAUGUCCAGCCAGAAACCGACCGCCACUUCCCGAUUGAAGCAGGAUUAUAUGCGUUUGAAAAGGGAUCCUGUGCCGUAUAUAACAGCUGAACCACUUCCGUCAAAUAUCCUUGAGUGGCAUUACGUUAUUAAUGGACCAGAAGAUUCACCAUAUCACGGUGGUUACUAUCACGGAACGCUUCUCUUUAGCAAGGAGUUUCCGUUCAAACCACCAUCUAUUUAUAUGAUAACACCAAAUGGACGGUUUAAGACGAACAAGCGACUAUGUCUUAGUAUAUCAGAUUUCCAUCCGGAUACCUGGAAUCCAGCUUGGUCAGUCGCAACUAUAUUAACUGGUCUGUUAAGCUUUAUGCUGGAAACGACACCCACAUUAGGUUCAUGCGAAUCAACUACGUGCGAAAAACGAAAAUAUGCCCGCCGAUCUUUGGCAUUCAAUAUGAAAAAUGAAGUAUUUCGGGAACUGUUUCCGGAAAUCUGCGAAGAAAUCAAUGAGAGGCUUACACAGCUCGAAGAACAUCGUAAACAAAAUGCCGCCAACAACAACUCUUCUAGUUUAGUGAAUGGCGCUGCCAAUGGCGUGAUUCCGAUUGGCGCCGAAGGUCUGGAAGUAGACACAGCCGAAAGCGGUCACAACGGGACCUCGAGCGCCGACGACAGUAACAACAUUUGGCAUUCCUUAUACACAAAUUUAAUCGUACUAAUCGGAUUCGUCAUAUUUGCUUUGAUAGUGCAUUACGUUAUCAAAAGUAUGAACAUUGAAUGAUUGUAAACAGUCGGGCAAACAAUGGGAACUACUGUUUUUGUUAUUCUCUGAUUUCGGUCACCUAUGAUUUGAUUAUAACAUGGUUAAGUUAGAGAUAUAUGUUGAUUAUUACUAUUAACCAAUGCAAAACAAAGCUUUGGACUUUCGUAGAAAAUGGAGUCAGAUAAGCAUAACCUUUUAAGUGUUGGUACUGCAGUCGGAACUUUUUAAGCUAUGUACCCUUUGUGCAUGUGAAUAAUGACUAGAUGUUCUAAAUAACGACGGAAUUUCAUGUCGUUCAUAAUGUAGAUAAAGUAUACAAUAAAAGUAUGAUUCCGCAGUCGAACUUUAUUUAAUUCUUUAGAUUCAUUGUCAAUGACCAAAAAAGACAUCUCCGUGACCAACGUGUCGAAGAACUAAACCGUUUUCACGUUAAAUAUUAGCUGAGUUUUAACAACAAUCAAUAGGUUGAAUAACUUUCU